AUGUACAACGGCAUCGGGCUAGCAACACCUCGUGGUUCUGGAACCAACGGAUAUGUGGUCAAGAACCUUGGGCACCUGAAGCCCAAAGGAAACUCGUUCAAGUCAGCAUCUUAUACUGAGAUGCUUGAGGAUUCGAAGCCCGUGCUUCGAAGCAUAUCGCAGGACAUUGUUGAGCAUAACCGAAAGCGAGAGAUCGAAUUAAAAGUUGUGCAAUUUAUCGAAGAGCUGGAAGUAUCGGGAAAGUAUGUUUCCGACGAAAUUGAGCAUAAAUCCAAUGCAUAUCGGGAGCGUCUUUUUGAGCUUGCCGAAAAACGCCAUACCGAAGACAAGAUUGAAAGCGAGGUUGCCUUUGAUGCCAAGGCCCGCCAAAACGCCAAAUUUAGAGAGGCAUUCAGUAUUAAAAGCGAUAUCAAGGAGGGCGAUGGCUUCCGAUUUAUGCGUCCCGAAGUUCCGAACUCUUUUUAG